CCUUUCAUCAAUUUCGUAUAAUAUUAUAUCCACUAGAAUAAUGGCCCAGAUCAAGCUCAGUGCUCUAACCCCAACCCCAAAUCAUCUUCUUCCUCUUAUAGUCAAAGCUUCCCUUCCCCCCUCCUCCCCUGUCUCACAAGUCCAGUUUCAGGUAUCGCCUAGAAUCCAUCUCUGUCUUCUCAAUUAAACAUUCUUCUAAAAUUCCUCCCUGUCAUCACCAUUGAUUUUCAAGUCCCUGUCCUUUUGUUUUUGUUUUUGUCUUCUUUUUUUUUUUGGCUUUUUCUUCAGUUCUAAAACCAUCGGAUUCAUGGUUUCUCAAGAGGAGAGUAGCUCUUGAUCAUCUUCCCUUUUCUGUUUGUUCCUGAAAGCUCUGAUGAUUAUUUUCUGUCCUGAGAAGGCAGAGAUGAGAAAGCCCAAUGGAAUUGUGAUGAGGUUGGGAACAUGGAGAGGGAUUCCCAAGUUCAUACUGGUUUUGGGCACACUUGCUCUGCUCAUCUGCUUUGCGACUUUCUUCAAAUUCUACUCUCUCAGACACCAUCAUCUUCUUUCCAAUCCCAUCUGCACCCAAGCAAAUCCUCCCGAGACGCGCGGCCUGACCGGGCCUGAAAUCCGACUCACUCUUGAAUCCAUCGUCCAGAAAAUCCAACAACAGAUAAAAAACUUGCCUUUGGAUUCACCUCCAUCACCAGAAUCCAUGCUCAGACACGGAGCUUUCCUUGAAGACAUAUUGGGUCUUGUUGACUCAGUCCAAGUAUCCAUACAGAACAGAGGAAGUCCAGCUCCCCAGCAUCCUCUGCUGACGCCAAAGAAGCAAUCCAGGGAACCUGCCGAUUACUUCCUCGUAGAAGAGAUUCGAAAGUACGUAAAGAUGAAACCGAACAGGCUGCGGAAGAAGAACUUCAUGGGCACAACUGGAACCUUCACGAGCAUCGGCCACGCCUGUUUUGCCAUGAAGAAAGAGCUCGAGGACUACAUGGAUUACGACGUCGGCGAAUUCUGCAACGACGAUUGGAAACUAGCCCAAAAGCUGAUGAUCCAUGGCUGUGAUCCGCUCCCAAGAAGGAGAUGCUUCUCGAGAGCCCCCAAGCUGUACGCCAAGCCGUUCCCCAUCGACCAGUCCUUGUGGAAGCUCCCCGACGAUCGAAAUGUGCGGUGGAGCCAUUACCGAUGCAAGAGCUUCGCCUGCCUGGCAGGCAAUUCAUCUCCCAAGGGGUUCUUCAAGUGUGCACGUUGCUUCAAUCUUACCGAUCAUGAAAUGCCCAGAUGGAUCAAAGCCGCAAACUUGGACCCAAGCUCAAACGUGUCUGCAGAUUUUCUCAUACAAGAAGUUCUUGAAAUCAAGCCUGGGGAAAUCAGAAUUGGACUGGAUUUCAGUGUGGGAAUCGGCACAUUUGCAGCCAGGAUGAGGGAGUUCAACGUCACAAUGGCCUCUGCAACCGUCAACCUAGGGGCGCCGUUCAAUGAAAUGAUCGCGCUCCGGGGCCUAAUUCCCCUCUACUUGACCAUAAACCAGCGGCUGCCGUUCUUCGACAACACGCUGGAUUUGAUCCACACGACGAGGUUUCUCGAUGGCUGGAUCGAUUUGGUGCUGCUGGACUUCGUGUUGUAUGAUUGGGACAGGGUGUUGAGGCCUGGAGGGCUGCUGUGGAUAGACAGCUUCUUCUGCUUGAAGCAGGAUUUGGAUGAUUACUUGGAAGCAUUUAGGGCGCUGAGGUACAAGAAGCACAAGUGGAUUGUUGUUCCAAAGCUAGACAAAGAUGACAGAGAGGUCUUCUUCUCCGCUGUCCUGGAAAAGCCUCCCAGACCAUUCAGAUAAUCUCACAUCAAAUUUGAGUUCUGCGAUUAACUACCCCAAUAAUAUUAAUUUUCCGAGCACUGAUGAUCUUCAAGAUCCUCAAAAUCAUGGAAAUAUUUUAUGUUCUUGUAGAGAAAAUCAUAUGUUUUUAACCCAUUUGGAAGCUUGAGAUGUAGUUUAGAUUCUCACCCUCAAUAUAUAUAUAUAUAUAUAUAUUUUACUAUUUUUGGUUCAAAUUUCAGUUCAAUUGUGAUAUUUCUUAUACCAACCUAAAUAAUAAGCACUGAUAUUUGGGA